GGAUUGCGCCAGUUUCGCUUGCAACGUGUUGAGUGAAACAUAGUCGAUAGUGAUCGGUGGAGUAAGCCCGCUUUGGUCGCGUGUUGCCCACGACAAUAGGUCAGCAGGAGAGCAAGUUCCACGGCCACGCCCACAAGAUGACAAACACGCAGCAGUCGGAUUUGCCAGCGGAAUCGGGGAAGGCGGAGGCAGAGGAGCAGACGACAUUAAUGUCACAGGCAGCGGCUAAUAAUAAUAAUAUUCAUAAUUCGCAGUGGCUUGUUGAUGGCAUCGCAAAUCAGGGCGCUGAGUCAGCCGUGUUUUGUUGGUCAAAGGCGGCGCCGGAAGUGCUCGGAAUGGCAGGGCAAUUUCCGGUUGGGCCAGGAAUCACUUGGCCGAGCAGCUUCCCCAUGAAUCACUCGUGUGGAAGCCGGAACAUGGGAGUCUGCCAGCCAUACUACCAACCAACAGAGACAGGAAAGUUUCCCUUGCAUCUGAAUUCAAGGAUCAGCCAAGGAUUUCCCUUGUAUAUAUGGGAUGUAGCUUUCAAGAGCCAGAAUGAAGCAGAGAUCCACACAAUUUUAAGCGAAUCUCAACUAGUCUGCCCAUAUCAAGUAUACGCACCGUACACAGCACGGUUUCCCAUACAUCAAGUAUACGCCCCGUGGGAGAUGAACUUUCCCAGACUGCUGCAAUUGCCGCGCAAGAAUUCCGACGGCCAUUUCCCAGAAAUGAGCACCACCAUGACCCGACGCGGACAGGUGGCCAGCUCACCCGUUGAGCAGGCGCCCCAGGAAUUUCCCAUAAUUAAAAAACGAUUUGUUAGCUUUCCCAAUUAUCGAGCAAUGACUGAAGAUGGCCCCACAUACCCUCAUCCACAUCCACAUCCACCCACCGCCGGCACAACAACAAUGACGCAGCCGGGCCUCGACAAAGUCACCGAAAUAGACAAAAUAGACGAAAUAAAUGGCGCAGGUGGAGGAGGAGGAGCUGGUGUACAUAAGGUGCCGCCGAUGCUUGAUAAUGAACUCGAGGCCGAGGAGCAGACGGCGGCGGCAGAGGCAGAGGCAGAAGCAUUCGCAUUCGCAUUAAACUUGAACGUGGCAAGGGAAAUCGAGCAUCAACAGGCGGAAAAUCUUAAUGACGCCUUCGGCCAGCGGCGACACGACCACAAAACCAACGACGACGCCAUGGAUGUGGCCAAAAAUAAACGCGAAAUAUGCGAGCAAAGCAAAUUAGAGAAGGCCGAAGAUCAUAAUGAGGCGAAUAUGAGAGAUCGCGAGCAGCAGUCAAUAUGUUUGGCCAGGGAGCAGACAAUAGAUGGCUAUGGGCAACGGCAUCACCAUCACCAUCGCCAGCAGCAGCAGCACCAAAAUCAGAAUCUAAAUCGGAAUAGCAACCACCAGCAGUCCGGCGAUCUCUCAGACGCCCGCGAAUCGUCGCCAGAGCAAGUGGACGUGGAUCUCGGUCGGCAACUGACCCGCGAGCGGAACCAAAAUCCGAACCCGAAUCCAAAUCCGAACGCGAAUCGAACUCUGCCAAAUAUAGAAUUACUGAAAAGCUCCGUGCGCGUCUUCCUCGCCGAGAGGAACUGGGAUUGGGACUGGGACUGGGACUGGGAGCUGCUCGACCUAUUGACCGAAGCCAUCGAACUGAUCUGUGGCCAUCCGGAGACGGGUAACCUUUGGAGCGAGGCGGCCGCCGGAGCGGACAUGACCGUGAGCAAAGUCAGCGAGGAGCGGGAGACAGAAACGGUCGAGGCUUAUCCCGCCGAGCAACUGGAUCAGCCGACGGAGCAGGCGGAUGACAACAACAAUACUAGCGCCAUAGAGCAGCAGCAGCCCAGCGAGAUGAAGUACGAGAUGAAGACAGCCAGUCCAGCACUGCCCAGCAGGAGUCCGCGUCCGGAGUCGCCAGUCACCAGACUGGGUGCCACGAGUCGUAUACGCAAUGUGGAGUCAAGUGCUCCCGCUACCCAUGCUCCGCUGCUGGGCGACAUAAAGCGCAACUCCAUCAGCCGCGACAGCACCUCCUCCGUCGAUGUGGAUUCAGUGCUACCCGAAAGGACACGUCUGCGGCGCCAGCGACGCGUUCGCUCCCAGGAUUCCGUGGAGGAGAAGCCCGAGGAUGUGAUCGAGCGACUGAACAAGCUCAAGGCCAGGAUCUCCGGUGCUCUCAGCGAGGUGAAGGGAGUGCUCAAGCAGUACAGCACGGAGAGCGAGGCGGAAUCUGCGGCGGAGCAGACCCAGUCGACACCAGGUGGAGAUCAAGCUGCUCCAGUGAGCUUUCGCUUUGUGAAGAAAGUGCGACGACGCAGCUACUUCGAUGAGGCCGAGGAGGAAAAGGAACAAGCUGCUGGAGAACUGGUAGAUGCCUCCAAGGAUAAAGGGAAUCGGCAAGAAAAGGCGGAUUCCACUAAUGAACAAGCUAAGGAAACUAAGGUGCAGAGAGAACAGACCCCGUUUGCUAGGGAGCUCUUGGAAGAUUCAGUAGAACGGGAAGUCCGAGCAGGUGGAAGGCAGCCACUCAAUGCAAGCCAAGAAAUGAAAACGAAGGAAAAGGAUAUGAGCAAGGAUAUCGAUGUCAGCAAAAAAGAAGUAACAAAAGAGUUGGAAAACCAGGAUGGAAAAAUAGGAAAGGAUCAUGAUAAUGUGGAUUCUAAACAAGAUAAACUUCCUAUGAAAAUAAUCGAACAUAUUGCACGAGAUGAGGUGCAACUAGGGGAAGAUGUUUCCAAAUCAAAUGCUAAAGAAUCAAGAGAUCCCAAAAUCUCAGUGGUAAAAGAAGAACCGCCAAAAAUAAACGGGGAACUACCAAAGACAGCAGAAGAAGUCAAGCAACCCGAGAAGAGCAAAACCCAGGCCAAAAUUGAGUUUCUGGCCAAGGUGCAGAGCGAACUCAAGUCCAAACCUGUCAAGGAUGUUAGCCCCAAGGAGCAAGUUGCCAAGGAAGAAACUAUUAAGCGGGUCUCUCCAAACAGAGACAGCCACAAGGAAGCGACUCCCAAGGAAUCAGAACCCCAGGAAACCACAGAAGUAAACAAAACGAAAGAUGUGUCCCAAGGCAAACCAACUGAAACAAUUGAAGUGGCACUGCCAGAUGAGUCACCCACAUCGCCGCCAGCGUCCAAGACCAAGAAGAAAGUCAUCGUGAAGGUGAAGAACCCCAGACGGGCCUCGAUCGCCGCCGUGGAACCAUCCAAGAUCAAGGUGGAGCCGGCCGUCGAGCAGAGCGACGUUCUCAUCACUCAGCGACGACCCUCCGACUCGGAGGCGAUUGUCAAGCGCAAGAAGAAGCAGAAAUUAAUGGGCGACACGGCUGCCCCAUGCACAGCCACAUCCACAUCCACAUCCCCGAGAGCAGCAUCAUCGACAACAAAAGAUUGCAUUGGCAACUCGAGGGAAACGGCAUCGAUAGCCGAGGAGAAGGAGACGGCCACCAGUGAACAAUUGGCUACGCCAGAGGUCACCGCGGUGCCAGCCAAGUUGCCCAGUGCCAAGAGCGACCAAGGAACAGCAGCAGUUGUAGUUGCAGCAGCAGCAACACCGGCGACAACUGCAACACCAGCGGCACAAUCAGAGAUCGAUGCCGAUCCGGCGAUUGGCAAUCAAGCGCCAGCAGGCGAUCGAAGCAGACGCGCCAGCCUGAAACUAGCGGAGUUGGUGGGUGAAACGGUGCUGGUGGUGCCGGCAGCAACCGCAACAGCAGUCCCAAGCCAAGAUCCAUUGCCCGAGUCCAAGGAACCCAUCGAUCAGGAGGCGCUGGUGCCAGCGACGCCGCAACAGGUGGCCAUCGGCGCUGACAUUGCGCCGCAAAUAGCAGCGACAUUGAGGCACGAAGAGUCAUCGCCAGAGCAGCGGGCACAGUCGUCCGCCAAAGCUACAAAAGCCGGAGAGCAGCCGCCUCCCGGCGACAGUCUAGCCACCAUGCCGGAGCUGAAAGUACUCGCCGGACCGGUGCAGCCCGUCAAGAUCGAGACUGUCGAGCAGCCCCACGAUGUGGCCAAGAAUCAGGAGGCGCUCGUGAAGAAGAAGCCCACGCACCUGAAGAAGCUGGUGCGCAAGAAUUCCAUUGACAAGGAGCCCGAGAAGCAGGAGAAACAGGAGAAGCAGGAGAAGAAUGACCCCAGCAAGCUGAGCAACAUACUGCGCGACAGGAACAAGAUCAACGAGCUGUCCUCCAGGAUCAACAAGCUCACGCCGCCCAAGAAGCAAGUGAAACCAAAGGAGGAGGCGAAAAAGGCACCGAUUGCAGAUGAGGAUAGCCCGAAGCCCGAAGCGCCAGCUCCCGUGGAGGAAACAACUGCCGAAAGCGAAGUUCUUGAAGAGAUCGCACCGGAACCUGAAGUGGAGCCUGCGCCGGAGCCCAAGAAGCCGCGCAAGAUCAAAAAGAAGGUGAUCAUCAAGCGACAGAAACGCCGCCUCUCCGUCGGCGACACAUUCUUCCUGCAGCCGGAGCCCGAGGAGCCCGCCAUCCCGGAGGUGGAGACCAUCGAGCGGGCCAUAGCCUACGUGACGGAUGACGAGGAGGAGCCCGAGGCGCCCGCGGAGGAGCCCGAGCCCGAGUCCGUCAAAGAACUCAAAUCCUGCCUGCAUGUGAGGGAGUACAAGAUCGGUGACCUGGUGCUCUACGCGGAGCGCUACCGAAAGACGCAGGUGCGCUGGAAACGCGGCCGAGUGCUCGAGCGGAUUACGAGCAUCUCGUACAAGCUGGAGAUCGAGGGCAAGGAGGUGCCCGCCCACGUCAGCUACAUCAAGAAGUACACCGGGCGCAAGGUGCGGUUCGGCACCAAGGAGUACCUGGAGAUCGACUACGAGCAGGUGGCCGAGGAGGAGCGCCGGGCGGCCAGCUACAGCAUAUGGAACAUGGUGUAGGCACCAGCAGACCACCGAAUCCACCACCGAAUCCACCCACCCAGUGGUGUCCAGUGUGCAGCCAUCUUUGAGUGCCAUUAAGAAAUUGCCCGCCAUGCGGGGUAAUUUUUUAAGGAUCUCAACUCGACAUUCAGUUACGUUAUAGUGAUUCGUCCUAGUCAGUCUCAGUCUAUAUGUACAUAUAACUAUGUAGAGAGCAGUAGCUUUGUAGCCUAGUGUUAUAUAUAUCCUAGUGUUUAGUGUAACUUAUUCCAGGCCUUCGUUUACAUCUAAGUAUAAUCUGUAUGUGUAAUUAUAAACAAAAACAAUCUAUUUACUGAUAAAUAAAGCGAAGAAUAUUUCAGUUA